AUGCAGUCAAGAGGCAAGGAUCCAUAUCCCGAACCAUUGUCGGAAAGUGAGAAACGUCACUUGAGCAAGUACGGAAAGCGGCUGCGUGGAGGCUUACUUGGUCAAAAUUCCAAGGAACGGACGUACUUUGACUCUGGCCAUUUCGCUCUUUCCACCGCUCAUCGAGUGACCGACAACGGCGCUAUUCAAACAGGCAGAGCGCAUCCCCACCGGGACAACAUUUCGCACCCUUCUUCCCCUAUCACAACUACCAGUAACGUUGACAAGGAUGCCAACGAGGAUUCGCAUAGGAGAGAUGCAAGUCCUCAAAUGAGUCCUCUCCACCGGCAAAUGAAUAAAGUCCCCACAAACGAGGAGGGACAGGACAAUCUCUUCUCCUUCGAAGAUUGA